AUGGAUCUGAACAGCCUCCGGGACCAAGUCAGCAAUCUGACACUCUACGAUGUCAAGGCUGGCAUUCGCAAAGUCCAGAAUGGUAUGGAUGACCAAGAAGCAUUGCAGGUUUCGCCACUGAUGGGCCAGAAUAGCUGUGAUGAACUACACCGAGAUGGAGUCCAAGGUUCGAGAAGCCACCAACAAUGAGCCUUGGGGCGCAUCUUCCACCAUGAUGCAGGAGAUUGCGAACGGCACUUUCAACUAGUGCGUAGAAGCUUUACCAACAACUUCCUUCUACAAGCUAACUGUGGUCUUAGCCAGCUGUUGAAUGAGAUCAUGCCUAUGAUUUACAAGCGCUUCACCGAGAAGUCCGCCGAGGAAUGGCGGCAGAUCUACAAAGCGCUCCAACUCAUGGAAUUCCUGAUCAAAAAUGGCUCAGAACGAGUCAUUGACGAUGCGCGCUCCCACACCUCCCUGAUCAAGAUGCUGCGACAAUUUCACUACAUCGACCAAAACGGCAAGGACCAGGGCAUCAACGUACGGAACAGGAGCAAGGAGCUCUCUGAGCUGCUGAGCGAUGUGGACCGAAUUCGCGCAGAGAGAAAGAAGGCACGAGCUACAAAGAACAAAUAUGGCGGAGUAGAAGGAGGCACCGGGCUGAGUUUUGGCCCUAGCGGCGGCUCGAGCAGAUAUGGCGGAUUUGGCAGCGAGACCGGUGGAUACCCUGGCGGUGGACCCGCAACAUUCGGUGGCUCGACGAGAUCUGUAUAUGGCGACGGUGGCGGUUUCGGAGGAGAAGAGCACGAUGAAUAUGAUGAAGGAAGCAGAAGAGGAAACGCGGACCGAUUCGAUGAGUACGACGAGUUUGACGAUGGUGGUGCACAGGCUGCUCCUGGCCGACGGAAAGCAGAUACAGCGGCCAGAGCAAAGGUCAAGAAGCCGGAGCCCGCAAAGCCUAAGGAGCCAGAAGUGGACCUCUUCGAUUUUGGAGACGACGAGCCUGCAGCGCCCUCAAACGGUGCUCAGGCCUCUGCUGCUGUACUCUCUCCACCCAUGGCAGCGACAUCGAGCGCAGCAGCCGCAGACGACGACGACUUUGACGAUUUUCAAUCAGCAACUCCAGCGACUACUACGCCUGCAGCCUCAACCAUGCCAGCUAUUUCAAAACCGAACUAUAGCUCCAUAUCCACCGCGACGACUACUACUACUAGUAGCACGCAAUUCGCUCAACCCUCGCCACAGUCUGGCGCGCAGAAAGCUGACUUUGGCAACCUCUUCUCGACGGCUUCACCACCGCCUAGCAGCACUGCUACGCCAUCCAUGUCUGGACUGUCGUCUCCCAUGACGCAGCAGUCAAAGCUUACAGGCUACCAGCCUAGCGGUCCCAAUUACUUUACGUCUGUUCAAACUCAGCAGAGCGGACAGCAGGUUAGCACUCCCGGGCCAGCUGUCACAUCCCCUGUGGCAAGCAUUGGCGGCGGAAAGCCGAAGAAGGCCGGCGGCGAUGCGUUUGCCAACCUCCUGUCCGGCAGUGGCAUGAAGAAGAACGCGGCCCCCGCGCAGAAGGGCAUGACCAUCGCUGACAUGGCGAAGCAGAAGAGCCAGGCUGGUCUGUAUGGUGCCAAUGCACCCGCGGCGAUGUCCGCUCAGCCUCAGAGUCGGCAGAAGCCCAGUGGAGGUAGCAGUGGGUUGGAUGAUUUGCUUGGAUGA